CAUCCAUCCCUUGCAAAUUUGGAUCAUGUUCAGUGGCUCAUCAAUGCACAUCACCUGAAGAAGUACCCACAUGGGACAAGUAUUGAUGGUGCAUUACACCUCUUCCAACAGCCAUCUGAUGACCCACCAUACCUCCGUUGUGUCGAGGUACACCCACUACCAGGUUCCGAAGUGUUCCAUCUCAUUAUUUGCAUGUCUCCUUUUAUGGCAUCACAACUGAUGCAUGUGAGACAUCUCUUGAUUGACACAUCAUUCAAAUGUGUCCAUGGGUGGCAGGAGUUCAAGAUAGAAGCCUGGGAUAAUGAACAGAUGUGGUCCAUUGCUGUCACACAUGCAUUCACAAUGUUGCAAUCUGCUGAGGCCCAUUUCAUUCUCUUUCAACAUAUCUUCUCAAUUGCAUCAGCAGACACUGGAAUGCUGGUUGCAUUCCACCACAUAGAUGGAUAUGGGUUUCAUUCAUUUGUUGCAGAUGGACACAAAGGACAAGCACUUGGACUUGGAAUGUAUUGUGUUUCCUUGUGCUACAAUGACCACCAUCAAGAUAGAUAUGAGCCACACUGUUGGCUUUCUGACCUCAAUCCCUAUGAUCAUCUUACACAGUCCUAUUGGUUCUGUGUAACACAUGUCAAGUAUCAUAUUUUUCUGCUGAGAACUUACAUAACUAGUGAAGUAUAUGCUGCUAUGCUCAGCCUCUUGUCAUCAGAGGAGCAACCAGAUCUUGACCGCACACUUGCAAUAAUCAGAACAGGUGGAAAGAAGGCAAAUGCAUGGCUGAAGAAUAAACUGGAGAGCAAUAGAUUUGGAUUGAAGGAAAUAUAUAGGCCAGUGAGUCUUAUUCCAGAGGAGAUUUGGAAAGCAUCUCCAAUGACAACAAAUGGCAAUGAGCAAGCACAUCGCAAUGUCAACUGUGAUGGCACAAAUCUCACCUUGCUUGGAGGAAUA